AGCGAGGGGAGGGAAGGACUGCAGGGCCGAGAGAAGGUGAUGUCAGCUGAGUUCAGAAAGUAAACAGAGUUCCAGGCUGCAGCAUGAUGUCUGCGGGACGGGGACUGCAGCUGGGGCAAACCCACAGGGGCACAAUCCCCCGGACCAGCACCUUUAUCUCGGGGAAGGAGGGCUGGCUCCUCUUCAUCUCCCUCUUCAUCUUCACCUCAUUACCCCAGGGGAGAGCCUGGCCCUAUGAUUACAGAUACUUGUACAACCACUGCCCGGGCCCAGAAUGGAACGUCCUGUGCAGGAGCUGCUGUGAGUACGACGUGAUUCGCUGCAAGUGCCCGCUCCAGGGGACUCCGGUGGGCUACGCCGUGCCCUGCUGUCGCAACGCCAUCAACGAGUGUGACCCCUGCAUCGUCCAUCCAGGUUGCAGUGUGUUCGAGAACUGUAAGCGCUGCAACAAUGGGACGUGGGCCCCGAGGGAUGACUUCUUCAUUAACGGAAAAUACUGCACCGAGUGUCGGCCCGGCUGGUCUGGUGGAGAUUGCAUGAAGUGUGGGGGAGUAGUCCGUAAACGACAGGGGCACUUGGUGCUGGAGAGUUACCCCAACAAUGCUCGGUGUGAGUGGACCAUACAGGUGGACCGGCCCUUCACCAUAGAACUCAGGAUUAUGAUGAUGAGUCUGGAGUUCCACCAUUCCUGUCGCUAUGACUUCGUGGAGGUCCGAGAUGGCGACAGCCUCAACUCGCGUGUGAUUGGUCGAUACUGCGGGAGCAACAGGCCGGCCCUGAUUCAGAGCUCCGGCAACAGUUUACACAUACUCUUUGUGUCCGAUGGUUACAAGAACUUUGAUGGGUUCUUCGCCACCUUUCAGGAGACCUCAGCCUGCAGCUCUUCUCCCUGCCUGCACGAUGGGACUUGUAUCCUGGACAGUUCUACCGCCUAUCACUGUGCUUGUCUGGCUGGCUACACAGGCAACAGGUGUGAGGAAGUGGUGGGAUGCCGCAGGCCUCCGGUGCCAACCCAUGGAUCCACAGAGGGUGUGUUUCAUCACUCGGGGGCGCGCAUCACUUUCCAUUGCGACGCUGGGUUCGAGCUGCGGGGGGUUCAUACUGGCAUCUGCCUAAGCGACGGCACCUGGAGUGUGCCUGCCCCGGAGUGCGUGCCAGUGGAAAGAGUCUGUCCUCUACCACGCAAGCCAACACACGGGGACCACUUCUUGGUUUAUGGACCCAAUGACGUCCUCAUUGCGCUACAGUACCUGUGCUACCAACCCUAUGAACUCAGCGGGACGUCCCAGAGAACGUGUCUCCCUAACAACACCUGGAGUGGGAUGCCUCCUCUUUGCACCAAAGUGAAUAACACGCUCACUGAGACAGAAAAGGAUAAAGACAAAGAGAUAAACAGUAACAAAGAUACCGACGAAUCUAAAGAGAAGGGCCCAGACAACACUGCUGGAAAAAAAGAAAGCGCUGGAGGGAAAGAUAUAAAUACUGAGCAUGGGAAUACAACAGCAGUCGACGCCGAAGAUAAAUAUACCGGGACCCUUCCAGAGAAACCUGUGGCCGAGGAUAGGAAUGAAGGAGAGCUGGAGGAAAGAAAUACUGGGUCACGGAAACCUACUGGGGGCAGCCAAGAUAAGGUGGAUGGUGAAGAGCCGGAUAACAGCCUGAACACAGUUGAAAAAGAGGAAACUGAGGGGGCAAAGCCACCUGAGAAAAAAGAUGGCAGCCCAGACACAAAAAAGACGGAUACCACAGAGACGGUUGUGACAAAAGACAAAGGACAGGAAGAGAAGGAAAGAAAAGAGGAGCAGGUGAAUGGGAAAAGGGAUAAGGACAAAGUGGGCCCCAAUGAUACCAAGCAGAGGACGGUCACAUCGGAGGGGGAGAACACAGUGGAGAUAUUUGAACUGGAAAUGACAAAGAACAACACAGUUACAACUGAUGUGAAGGACUCAAAGAAAGAGAAUAACACCAUAGCUUCUCCAGAUCCCGGGAGGAGAACCAUUCCCUCUCGGGUCAACGUUACUCAGUUCACUCUGUACAGGGCUGGAGGUGAGGGAAAUGGGAAACCAAAAGAAAAACCAACAAUUGAAGGGGAUAAAACAGCUGAGAAAACAAAAGAGGAGUUGGAUAAAGAGAAGGAGAAGGAGAAGGAGAAGGAGAAGGAGAAAGAGAUCAACCAAAGCUUCUCCGAGAAGAGCUGCCCUCCUCUCCCCCGACUGCACCACGGCUACCACCAGGUGGCGCCAGGGCUGGAGCCUGAGACUCUGGAGUUCUCCUGUAACCACUCAUACGCUCUCAGUGGUGACGCCCGACGCACCUGCCAGGCAGACGGAACCUGGAGUGGCAAACAACCCGUCUGUCUCAGAGCAUGCCGGGAGCUCAAAGUGUCAGAACUGGUCAAACAGAGAGUUCUGCCACCUCAGACACCAUCCAGGAAGACACCUGUGCUCAAGCUCUUCUGGGCCUCCGUGAUGGGCCCUCAGCCGCAGGCCCCCACUAAAAGCCCCCCGGUGCCUCCCCAGCUGUCCCAGGGCUUCCACCCCCUCUACACACAGAUAGAGUACGAGUGCGCUUCUCCGUUCUACCACCACUCCGGCAGUUCUCGCCGCACUUGCUUGAAGACGGGGAAAUGGAGCGGGCGUCAUGUUUCCUGCUCACCAGUGUGUGGGAAGCAUCCAACCUUUGACCAAGAGAGGCCGGCAGAGGCUCACUGGCCUUGGCUGGCAGCCAUCUACCGCCGCUCCACCAAAGGCGUAAAGACCAAGGUGACCAAGGCAGACAGCCUGGCAGGGUCCCUGAAGAAGGAUGGCGGAGCAGGAACUGGCAGCCGCGAUCAGGCUGCUGACUGGCAGCUGGUGUGCAGCGGGGCUCUGGUCAACCAAAGGAGCGUGGUGGUUGCGGCCCACUGUGUGACAGAGCUGGGGAAGGUGUAUCCUCUGGAUGCAGCCAAGAUCAAGGUGGUGGUGGGGAAGCAUUAUCGUGAUGACCGCAGGGAAAGUAAAGGUCUCCAGCACCUGAGGGUGGCCUCCAUUGCAAUUCAUCCACACUAUGACCCCAAUAUUCUGGACUCUGACAUUGCUGUGGUCAAGUUACUGGACAAAGCGAGGAUUGGGGAGAAGGUCCAGCCCCUCUGCUUCUCGGAAACCCAGGGAGAGGUGACCUCCGGACACGGGCUGGUCACAGGCUGGUCCCCACUGCCCGAUUCCAGUUUAGGCGCUGAUGAGAAGGCGAGGGUUGGGCUCGUGCGCCUUGCCGAUGUGGUCCCUUGUGAGCAGCAGUACGCUCGUAACGGCGUGCCGGUCAGCGUCACAGAGAACAUGCUGUGUGCCAGCCAGAAGCCAGACUAUGGACCCUCUAACAUAUGCCCCUCUGACACUGGGGGAAUCCUCGUUCUCCCUGCGCUCUCCGACAACCAGCAGCCCCCUCUGAGCUUAACACCGGUGCAGGGCCAGAACAAAGGGCUGUGGAGGCUCCUGGGACUGGUCAGCUUUGGUUAUGACCAUGGGGAGUGCAAUCCCGACCUUUACACAGUCUACACACAUGCGACCAACUUCAAAGUAUGGAUAGAGAGCAACAUGAAAUAAACAUCAUACUCGCUGCCACACCAGGUCUCCCCCCCCCCCCCCCCCAUACUUCAAAAAUAU